AUAUUAUUAUAUGCAUAGUAUUAAUUUUUAUACAAGAUGAACGAAAUAAUUACGAGUACUUUAAAAGAUGCCAACAGACAUUUAAACAAAUUGAAUGAACAAAAUGCAAUUUUAAAAAAAGCAAUAUUUGAAGUUGAAGAAUCCGCUCAAAAUACAAUCCGCGAAAUAGAUGCAAUAUUUGAUAAAAUUAAAAAUCAGAUAAACAAUAUUAUUGAAACGAAACGUAAUAAACUUAAAGAAAAUACAAAAUCAAUUCAAAUUAAAAGUAUAACACCGCUGAAGCAAUGUAAAAAAGUAAUAGAAAAUGAAAUAGUUUCAACUGAAAAAUAUAUAUUAUCGGGACAGCAUCUUUUAAAUACUACAGACGAAUUGUAUUCAGCGGAAUUUGAAGAACAAUCUAAAAAAUUAGGUUCAUUACCCGCAGUUCCAACAAUUGAAGAAAUUCCAUUUAUUAGCUUUCAGUACGAUUUAAAUGACUUAAUGGUUGAAUUUGAAACUCGCAUUAACAAUAUUGGAAAUAUUUCACAAAUAGGACCAAUACAGAUAACUCAACAUUUAGAACGACCUGGUGGUUGUUUAAUAGAAUGGAGUGAGUUAGAAGUCGAUGAUAAUACAUCAUUCGACAUUCAAUUAUAUAAUUUGCAAAGAUCUUAUGGAGAUUUAACUUUAAAUCCUGAACUGGAAGUCAAUUUUAAAGAUUGUUACACCGGUAGUAACUGUUUUUAUUUAGCAAAAGAUAUGCGUUGUAAUGACGUUUAUACAUUUCGUGUACGUUGUUUAACUGAAAAUAGUACAAUCUGGUCGGCGUGGUCUCGACCGUACGUAGUUUCAACACAUUUGAAACCAUUUAUGUGGAGCUCAGUCUCUACAGAUUAUAAAUUAACUAAUGAUAAUACUAUUGCCACAAAAUGUUCAACACACACAGCCAUUAUUUAUUCAGAUUCAGCUCAAUUUUAUCCGAAUUAUUCAAUUGAAUUUACAAUUUUAGAAAGUAGUGAACCAUCAAAAUUCCAAUGCAUUGGAUUAAUUGAUAAACCAAUACCAGAAGAAAAAAAUAUAAUACGUCAAGGAACAUUUGUGUUAUCAACCACCGGACAAUUAUUUGUGGAUGGAAAUGAAAAAUUAACGCAACUACCAAAACUAGACAAAAAUUCAAAGGUGAUUUUCUCAAGUGAACUUAUGUUACCGGAUAAAUUAAGAAUUACCGUCGAAAAUCAAAAUAAAACGGUCACAUAUGAUUGGAUCGUUGACGAUCCCGAACAACCGCUGUACUUUGCUGCAUGUAUGGACGGGCAACCAUGGAAAUUAUUAGUAGAAUAACAAUUUUUCUUUUGAAAAUAAUAAUUUAGCCAAAGUAUUUAUACUUAAUUUUUUAAAUAAUGUUAUUGAAAAAAAUGUAUUGUAAUCAGCUCUUAACCUCUUUGCCAAUUAUUUUUUAUUUGUGAUACAAAAUAAUUUUAAUUACC